UAAUUGAUGAAUAUGAAAUGAAAAUAAAAUAAAUUACAUGAUAAUUUCAUUGAUUAGUUAAUUUAGUACUUAUUAAUUAUAUUGUAGAAGUAUAUCGGUUUUCUUAUAACUUCAUACAAUUUCUGUUAACAUUUUUUUUAUUUGCUAAAACUUAUAACGCACGCGCAGAACGUCCAUCGCCCGAAAUCUCCCAGCGCCAUAUUGAGAGGCGGACGUUGUAUGACUUGAGUGAUUAAUCGUGGUUAGUGCAAUAAAUUGAAGUGGAACCGUUGAUCGUGCCCUAUGGAUAUACAUUUGGGAGUGGUGUGCCUCGGUUGAAAGGCCUGCCGAAAGGACAGGGCUCCGCGCUCGAGGACGGUUUGCGGCCCUCCGCUCUGAGGAAUCAUGGAGUGCUGCAUGUCAGAAGAAGCCAAAGAACAAAAAAUAAUCAAUCGAGAGAUAGAGCGGCAACUCCGAAAGGACAAACGAGAUGCCAGGAGAGAACUCAAACUGCUCCUGCUCGGUACUGGCGAGUCAGGAAAAUCAACAUUUAUCAAGCAGAUGAGAAUCAUCCACGGCUCCGGCUACAGCGAUGAUGACAAGCGCGGAUUCAUCAAGCUCGUCUAUCAGAACAUCUUCAUGGCGAUGCAAAGUAUGAUACGUGCUAUGGAUCUACUCACAAUACAAUACGGGAAUCCGUCCAAUGCAGAAAGGGCGGAGUUGAUAUCAUCGAUUGACUUUGAGAGUGUUACAACGUUCGAGAGCCCGUACGUGGAAGCAAUCAAGGCGCUAUGGUCCGACUCCGGCAUCCAAGAAUGUUACGAUCGCAGGCGAGAGUACCAGCUCACCGAUUCUGCCAAAUACUACUUGCAGGAGAUUGACCGCGUGGCGGCGCCCAAUUACUUACCAACCGAACAGGACAUCCUCCGCGUGAGAGUCCCCACGACGGGCAUUAUAGAAUACCCAUUCGAUUUGGAGGAGAUACGAUUUAGGAUGGUGGAUGUCGGGGGCCAAAGAUCAGAGCGAAGGAAGUGGAUUCACUGUUUUGAAAAUGUCACAUCUAUCAUAUUCUUAGUAGCUCUUAGUGAAUAUGAUCAAAUUUUAUUCGAGUCUGAAAAUGAGAAUCGAAUGGAGGAAUCAAAGGCGUUGUUCAAGACUAUCAUCACGUACCCUUGGUUCCAGCAUUCGUCGGUGAUCCUUUUCUUAAAUAAAAAGGACUUGCUUGAAGAGAAGAUCAUGUAUUCGCAUCUUGUCGACUAUUUUCCAGAAUACGAAGGUCCGCAACGCGACGCGAUUGCAGCGCGCGAGUUCAUACUGCGGAUGUUCGUUGACCUUAAUCCAGACGCAGAGAAAAUCAUCUAUUCACACUUUACUUGUGCGACAGACACUGAAAACAUCCGGUUCGUGUUCGCCGCGGUCAAAGACACAAUCCUACAAUCCAACCUCAAGGAGUACAACCUCGUCUAAACGUAACCAACGUGGUCACUGACACAAAUCUGUGAUUGUGUAUAACACAUAAUUUAAACAUCAUCACUUCACGACAGAAUGUGUAAAUUCACGAACUGAGAUCGGAUGGACGAACUUAUUCACCUUAAAAUGUUUAAUGAGAAAAUAAGGAUAGAUUGUAAGUCAUUUAACCCAAAACUAGCAUCAGGUCGGGGCGUGUCCGUCGGUCGGUCACGCCCCAUCGUCGGGCAACAUUCGUUCUCGAUCCGUCAAUCCGAACGGAUCGCAUCACGACGCGUCAGGUUUUUUGACAUGUUUUUUUAUGAUGAAGUUAUUCACAAUUUAUGUAUGUGUCUGUAUCGGUGAAUAUUAAAUUGUGCAUUUUAAAAGUUAUGGUAAGUCGUGGCCUUACCAUGAGCUGCUUUUAGUCAUUGUUUUAGGGUUUUGUAAAGUUUGUUGCCAUAAUAUCUUUCUACAUUAGUAUACAUUUUAUUAUGUCCAAACGGAUGGAUUUGAACAAACUAGUCCAAUGAACUUACGCGUGUUUUAUAUCACCCUCAUGGGUCGAGACAGGACUUCCUACUGAUGUAUCGAUCGGGAUGCUUCCGUGAAACUAUUUCGUAUUUAUUUAAGUUAUGAAACGUCUCGUAGAAGUGCGAUCGAUCCGGAGUUUUCGUGGUUCAGGAGAGGGAGGGUUAACAUAGAGGGUUGGCUCAGCUCGGCCUGGACUGACUUCGUUGACAUCACUGAGCACAGAAAUUCUCCGUCUUUAGACGACACGUUCGAAGCUCAAGUCUUACUUCCAUAUACACGACUAAAGCGUAACCUCAGAUAUGUCGUAUGUUAAUCAUAGCG